UUGAAUAGGAGAUUUUCACUAUCAGUCGAGUCGGGCCUUCGAACUUUUCUAGAACCUUUCCAUCCAAGCGGCAGCAAUCGAGUGAAAAACACACACACAAGGAAAACAAACGACAGCAAAAGUUUCCCGUUUCGAUACUUUGUUAUAUAGUUAGUUCACCAAAACUCUAUUCUUCCUUCGCAUUAUAUUUUGGUACCUUUUCGACGGUACGUUGGUUCGGCGACGGCAACGGGCGGUUUUUCGUUUCGGUUUCAUCUUCGCUUCGCGUCCCACCGUCGUGUGGUUGUGAAACUCGUUACAGCAGCAGAAACGGAAAAUUAGCUUUUCCUCAUCCCAUCCCGAAACAAAACAAAACGCUACAUUCCACGGUGGGCCAUCGGUGCGAUACGCAAAACAUCAGGUGACGACGGCAAGCCUGAAAGGUGACCUCCUACGUGACUUUUGGUAAAACACCCGGAUCCUUGCAUCAGACACGCUACCCCUUCUCCGCCGACUGUGUGUCUGUGUGUGUGUGUCGGUGUGUUUGUGUUUGCUGCUGUGAUCAUUCGUCCAUACAACACAGCCGAGCCCAGCUAAUCUUCGCGUAAAAUCAAGCAAAACGGGCCAAUCGAGGAGCAUCGAGUAGCGAUUUUCCGCAUCACAACAAACGCGCAUAAAAUCAGCUGAGAGCCGAACGAACCAUCCGCCACCGCCUACUACUGUGCUGUUGUUGCCUGCCAACCUGCCCCGCUGCUCUGUGGCAGAGGUAGAGAGGUAGAGGUUUGUGAACCCCCGUGUCCUUUAAAAGGCAUCAAAAUUUGCGUCGUAAAGAUGGACCUUUUAAAAAAAUUUAUGGGCUUAGACGGCCGGAAGGACGACGAUGACGAUAACAGGAAGAAGAAAUCAACGCUCAAGGACGAGUUCCGCAAGCCGAUCUGGGUGGAGGAGGACGACAGCGACGACGAGCUGUUUGAUAAUCGCAAAAUUUACGGUGUGCAAAUUUUCACCAACCCGAUCGAGAUGCAGAAGUACUUCGAGCAGCAGAUGCAGGAGAUGUGGAAGUCGCUCGACGAGUACGACGAGUCUGUAAAGAUGUUUGAUCAUGACUUGAAGCAAGACUUCCUGAAGCCAGGCUUUGAAGAAUCGAUCCGUGACAUUGGCAAGCAGAUGAAACCGCAAGACACCGAUCUGGAUGGAGAGAUCUACGCCGAUCAGCUGCAUUCGCUGCUGCAGCGCAUCACACCGGACAUGAAGGAACUGAUGCUGAAGAAGCGCAUGGAGAGGAACGAAACGGUUGGCGCUUCCAGCGCAGCCGCCCGCCGCAAGCCGACGGACGAGGAGAAGGUGAUGGAUCUGAUUCAUGGUAUAACCGAGCAGAGGAACCACCUGACCGGCGGUACCGUCUCGAAGCCGGCGAUGAAACGCAACCACGGUGGACUUGGGCAGCGUUUCCCCGAGGGGGGACUGUUUGAGGGUGCAUUCCAGGGUCCGCGUAUGUUCGGCCAAAGCAUCAUCUCGCAGACGAUUCGCCGUCCCGAUGGGUCAUACGAAACGCGUCGUACUGUUCGCGACUCCGAGGGCAACACCCAAACGACCGUUACACUGUCCACGAAGGAUGGCCGCAAGGAAACGGUCACCACGUACGAUGACGAUGCGGCCUUUGGUGGCAUGAAGAGGAGCGGCAGCGCCAACGGUGGCGGCGGAGGAGGGCACCAGCGUGGGGACGCCGAGCUGCCGACCGGAGCACUGCUAGCACUGGAUGGCAAGUUCGGCCUCAGCAACAAUGGUUAUGUGCUGCCGAAGAACCUCUGGUGACUUCACGCGUCGCAAACCGACCGUAACGAUGCGCUGCUUUGCUGGGAGCCUACCGCAGGAGAAACCGACUGGCCGGAGCCGGCCAUCAGUUGUAGCAACGGCAACAGCAGCAGCGAAUCGUACAUUUAUCCCAAUUCUGAAUGUAGUAGCAACAUUAAUAGCAACAACCGUUGCCAUAGACUUAGCACUAGUUCCCGUAGCAGUAGUCCCCACGGACUGACCCAACAUUGUGCCGACGACUGUUGCAUUGAUCUCUUCUCCCAUCUCUUCCCGUACCAUCGGUGUGAGCGGCGAACGAUCGGCGCCGAUCGUGCGCACGCUUCCUACGAUCUUUCCAGCCGCAUCCUCACCUCAUCCUCGCUCGUGCUGAUGCUGAUGCUGUACCUUACUUCUGCUUCCCUCGCCGUUUGCUUGCUGCUCGCGCUGCGUGUUACACGAAGGAACAGCAAACCCUACCGAUUGGGGCAUCCCAGCGCCCAGCAGCAGACUGGUACUGGUAGUACCGGUGGUUGGAAUUUUAGUAUUACGUUUCCCGUUCCGGUCGCUUCCGCCGCCGCACCCACUGCGAACGGCGGGCGGGCAUGCUGGCAGGCGCACUGCUGCACCGCACCGAUCGCUUUAUGAAAGCUGUUGCCAACGCACCUCGGUGCGCCAUUCCCCCACACACCUCCACCACAACCUGUCUCGGAUGGCAACGGGAGGACCGGAAUCGAGCGGUUUGUGAGUUUGUGAUAUUAUUUUACACCGCCGAGUAGCAGCACAGACGGUAGACGACCACCGCGGCAAACGGGUGACAGCGGCGGCGAAAAGGCGACCCAGCCGGGCGUUAUGCUGCGCUACUACGGUGCGGAUAAGUGUAAAGCGUUGAUUGUGAUUAUGAUUAGUACGAUUGUGAGUUUUAUUAUUAUCAUUACGAUUAUUAUUGCUACUAUUACGAUUACUACUACUACCACUAGUACUACUAUCGCGUGCGUGAUUGUGAUGCGCGCUUAUGCUAAGUUCGUUAGGGUGUACGACAAGUUCCGCAGCUGAUGGUGACUGAACACAGCGCGCUCUUCGUCGUACCGUGGAUUCCAUCGGGUAGGAUUAGGCACGUGUGUAAAGAAGAAGAAGAGAGAGAGUACAGGGACAAUAGGAAGCACGGGAAGGUAGGGCAGUAGGAAGCUGUGUGCGUUAUGGGUGCCGGAUCUGAUUUGCUGAUCUUUCGAACUAUCCUUCCGAAAAAGGAUCGUUUAAGGCUGGCUUCUUGGUCUUGUUGCCCCAUAACGUACCGCGUUCCGAAUGGAACCGAUUUGUGAAUAACGUUUUAGAUAGGUUACUUUAUUUUUUUGUUUUUAGCAAAACAAACAUUGACACCGAUUUGUUUUAGGUUUUUUUACGUUUUAAGAAGGGUGGAAUAGCUUUUUGAAAGAUCGUAGGAAGAUGAAACGCAAUAGGACAUACUAAAAGGAUAAUGGCGCACAUGUCCUGCGGUCGGCAGGGGAGAUGAGAACAGAGAUUGGCCAGUAUUUCGGUCAUUGCAGGGAAUGUCUGUGUGCGUGUUUGUGUGUGUGUGUGUGCGUGUGCAAUGUGUAUUUUUUAAGGAAAAGGAAAGCGUCCUUGAAAGCGUAUCUUGGUUUUGUCUUUGUAACGAAACUGAACCCUAUAUUUGGUUCAAAAUUUAUUCAACACUUUUUACACUACUUAAGACAUUUACUUUUAUAUACCCCUUUCAAGUGUACGAUAACAUCCUUUGGUGAGAGAAAUGAUGAAGCAUAGAGAAAGAGAAAGAGGGAGAGAGGCAAACGAAGAAUGUUUCGCAGGGAAGCAGGGAAAGGAUACAGCAGCUACAACAACAACAACCCACACCAAAAUGAGCAUACCAAAUGAUGAUACAAAAUCCGCCAGAAAUCAUACUCUCGAUCAUACAACACACACACAUGUCUCUCCGUUUUGAAUAACUUUCCCAUGAUUUCGUUUCACUGCUAGACACGGUAUACUCUAUAUUAGUACCAAUCUUAUACUGUAUUUCUUAGAUACGCAAGAUAUCCGCCGACAAGUACCGUUAAUAUUCAGCAUUUCAAUGCGGUCUUACCGUCCCCGUCUUAAAAGAGAGCAGCAAAACAUAUGAAUGACUUCUUCUUCCAACCCCUCUAAGAACAAGCCAACAAUAGCAAUAGCUACACCGUGGCAUUAUAUAUUGCCCACUUCAACCACUUUCAAAUCUUCACAUCCCAAAUCUUAUCUUCAUCGGCAAGUGUGUAGUGUAGUGUAGUUGUAUUACAGCAGAGAAUAAACUCUUCAAUGCAGACCCACUAAAACA